GCUCAACACCUCUACUCUCAUCGUCCCCAACACUGUGGCAGCUCCUCUAGUCACCUCCCUUGGACGCCGUGAACUUGCUGUCUCGGCGUCCCUUUCCCCGUCUUUACCCCGCAACUGCUGCACAGCCCUUGAUACUACUUCUGCCUGCCCCUGCGAUUUGGUUGAGGCUCACAGCCUGAGCCUUCCAGCAUGUCCAACCAGUCGAUCCUUCGGAUCACCCGCGAGCUUCACGAAAUCCAAAAUGGCUCCGAUCUUUCGCUCGCAGUCGCAUGGCGCGACGUCGACGUGCGCCAUGUCCGCGCACUCAUCGUUGGCCCACCUGAUACACCCUACCAGUUCGGCUUCUUCGAGUUUACUGUCAAGUUUGGCAGGGAAUACCCAACCAAGGCACCGAGCUUGCUGGCGAUCACGACGAAUGGCGGAAGAACACGCUUCAAUCCAAAUAUAUACGCUGGUGGCAAGGUGUGCCUGUCAAUCCUAGGUACAUGGCGCGGCGAGCGAGGAGAGGAGUGGUCGUCUGCUCAAGGACUCGAGUCAAUCCUCAUCUCCAUACAGAGCUUGAUGUCUAGCAACCCGUACGAGAACGAGCCUGGCUUCGAGGACGCAAACUCAGAUUACGACAAGAAGAACCAGGAAGCAUACAUUGACAAGAUUCGUCACGAGACACUGCGCAUAUCAGUUAUUGAUCGAUUGGAAGAGUAUCUGAAUAUCCGUGGAGAGAGGCCAGCAGUCACAGUGUACAACGCAGAGGAAGAGUACCAGUCUGGACGAGAGGAUGCUCCCUUCGAGCCCUUCAAGGACCUUUGUAAGCGCCGAUUCCUCUGGUACUACCGUUCGUACCUCGCAGUAAUAGACGAGGCUGCCCUAAAGCACAAAGAUGGUGACCGCUUCGAAAAGAUGCCGUUCGAGGGGCCAGGUAACACCAUGGAGGGUACUUACCAGUACACAGCGCUUAGGGAGCGACUCAACAAGAUCUUCACAACACUGAACCAGGAGACAGAGAGCUGGAUCUUAGAGGGCUGUCUAGCUGUCAAGAAGGAGACGAGUAUUGCAAGUAAUCUGCAGCGUCAGUUCGAGCAGAUCGUCGAGAAAUACAAGAGGGAGGACUCUCUUACGCUGGACCUCAACCUUGUUGACAAGAACCCGUUUGUUUGGCAGCUUACUCUUUUUGGUCGGCCCAUGACGAAUCUGGAUGGUGGUAUGUUCAGGAUCAUGCUGUACAUCAAUCCAACUAGGUGGCCUGACGUGUUGCCACGCGUGUGCUUCGAAACUCCCAUUUUCCACCACCGCGUCUCCCCGGACGGCGUUCUAUGUUAUGACGCAGCGAAUAAGCAAGACAUGCGAUCUCAUAUUGAGGCCAUUGCUGGGGCCAUCGAGGAAGAAUCUCCAGCCUACGACCCACGGACGCUUGUCAACCCAGAAGCUGCAAAGCUCUUCUGGGGAGCACCUGACGAGAAGAAGCUGUACAAUCGCCGUCUGAGGCGCUCUGUACAGGAUAGUGCUGAGAACUGCUUCUAAUACACAAGUUCGCGUGCGGACGGGCUUGUGCUCCCAGAAUCUGUCCCGGCGACAUAGUAUACCCUGAUGACACAUCCAACAUGAUGACUACACGGCCGAUCGCAAGGAAGAUUGAUUAUACUGUACAUUGAUACCCACGCUUGGUCUCUUCAAGAUCUCGCGGCUUGCAUACUUGGCGCUCGUGAUGGAAUUGGCGCACAGCAUUCUCGAUUACCAUAGCAUAGGAGUUGGUCGAACUUUAAUGAUGAUUUGAGAC